AUGCAGCCGGCGCGUGCCCUGCUCUUCCUCGCUCUCGCCGCUGUCGCCGCGGCUGACUGCACGCCGUGCUCCCAGUGCCGCGACCCCGAUUGCUGGCGCACCUGCAACGUCUACUGCCCGCCGAGCCCCGACAAGAUAGCCGUCAACAGGGGCAGCACGUGCAUGGAUGUCGGCGCGUCGCAGGGCCCCGCAGUCGGCAAGUCGGCCUGCAACUUCGCCAUGGCGCAGUGCCGCCCCAAGCAGGACGCCCUCCUGGGCGCCGCCGUGGGCGCCGACGCCCUCGGCAGCAUCUCCCUGACCCAGUGCUCCAAGGUUGCCAUGGGCAGCUGCCAGCAGGCCGCCGGCGACGCCGCCCCCUGCCAGGACGCCGGCGCCAACGGCUUCGGCGACUGCGGCGCCGAGAGGUUCCGCGCGCUCUUCCACGGCAAGGCGACGGACCUGUGCCAGGGCUGGGCGCGCACAGUGACGGACGUCGACCCCGCCAGCGGCAAGUGGGCCGCGGCCAACCCCGGCGGCAGCCGCCGCCUGCUGUUGUAG